AAAAUCAAAAACACCCAGAAGUCUUUGCAACCAAAGAAAACACAACUUCUCUCUAAAUUUCUUGUGGUUCAGUUUCAAAUUAGGGUUUCGUUUAUAUCGUUCUCGCAUUUUUUUAAAAUCUUAAUUAAUCGGGUUUCGGAAAAAGAUUACCGGAGGAGCAUCCAGAUUUUUGCUACGCUUUUAAGAAUUUGUUGCAAAGACUGAAUGAACUAAUGGAGUCAAAAGGUGGCAAAAAGAAGUCUAGUAGUAGUGGUACUAGUAAAUCAUCAUCAUUAUUCUACGAAGCUCCCCUCGGAUACAGCAUCGAAGACAUCCGUCCCGCCGGUGGAAUUAAGAAGUUCAGAUCAGCUGCUUACUCCAACUGCGCUCGGAAACCAUCCUGAGAUUAGCCGUGUUUUGACAUAGCCCCCCUUAGGAUUUCCAUUCUGCUUAAAAUAAAAAUAAUUCUUGUAGUCCUGUCUUUCUUUUCUACUUCACUUGUUCCCUCGUCCUCCUUUGGUGCAACUUCAUUUGUUUCUCUUGAGCCAAGAUGUCCUCCAUGGCGGUCUCUGCAAUUGGAUUCGAAGGUUAUGAAAAGAGGCUUGAGGUAUCGUUCUUUGAGCCGGGCAUCUUUGCCGACCCUGGGGGCAUGGGCCUCCGUUCUCUCUCUAAAGCUCAAUUAGAUGAGAUCCUUGAACCAGCUGAGUGCACCAUUGUUGCUUCUCUGUCAAAUGAUUACGUUGAUUCCUAUGUCCUCUCUGAAUCUAGCCUCUUUGUGUAUCCUUACAAAGUUAUAAUCAAAACUUGCGGGACCACAAAAUUGCUUCUUUCCAUUCCGGCUAUCCUUAAAUUGGCUGACGGUCUAGCCCUUUCAGUGAAAUCUGUGAGAUACACUCGCGGAAGCUUUAUUUUUCCUGGGGCUCAGUCAUUUCCACAUCGUUGCUUCUCCGAAGAAGUAGCUGUCCUUGAUAACUAUUUCGGUAAGCUUGGUUUGGACAGCAAGGCAUAUGUGAUGGGUAGCCCUGACAAAGCACAGAAAUGGCAUGUUUACUCUGCUUCCGCCGAAAUGGCGACACAGUCAGGCCCUGUUUACACACUAGAGAUGUGCAUGACCGGUUUGGGUAGAAAGAGGGCAUCAGUUUUCUACAAAACUAGCGAAACUUCCGCAGCUCUGAUGACUGACGAUUCUGGUAUUAGGAAGAUUCUUCCUCAUUCCAAGAUAUGUGACUUUGAGUUUGACCCUUGCGGGUACUCCAUGAAUGCUAUUGAAGGUGACGCAAUUUCUACAAUCCAUGUUACCCCAGAAGAUGGUUUCAGCUAUGCAAGCUUUGAAGCAGUUGGGUAUGAUUUUGAAGAUGUGAAUUUGGCCCAGAUGAUUGAGAGGGUUUUGGCUUGCUUUGAACCUACUGAGUUCUCUGUAGCUCUGCAUUCUGACCUUGUUGAAAUGGAACUCGGAACCAAGUUCCCAGUAGACUUGAAGAGCUACCAAUGUGGAGAAAAGAGCUAUGAAGUGCUUGGAUUGGGUGGUGGAUCUCUAUCCUACCACAGGUUUGUCAGGUCUGAAAGCUGUGGAUCUCCUAGAUCAAUCCUGAAAUGCUGCUGGAGCGAGGACGAGAAGGAUGAGGAAGUUGAAAUGAAAUAGUUUGUUUUUAUGUGUUAUUACUGAAUAAAAGUUUGUGGGGUUAUGUUUUAGUCUGAGUAGUAGGACAAUCAGUGUGGCUUUUAUGCGGUGUUGCAUGUUUCCUCCAUUUUCAUUUGAGAGUUUGUCUUUUAAAAAUUGUGUAAUCGAUAUUGAUUCCCUGAUACGGGAUAAGUUGAACCAUUAUUUUUAAUGGUGAGGUGCAUGUUAUUUUUAAUUUUAUAAUAAUACCUAUUUGUGUUGUGAUUA